AUGGACACUCAAUUAUUUUCCCCAUUAUUAGGAGCCAUUACUAGUACGCCACCUCCGCUAGAAUCUUCCCGUCUGUAUAGUGACUGGUCAGCAUGCGGAGAAGAUAUUAGCUCAAAAACUUCUUUUCAAGACUGCACAAAAAAACGGGCACCAAUAAAUCUUUCUUAUUCUGGCAAUGGCCCUGAUAUGUUUGGGCUAGUGUCAAGCAUUUUGGAGGAGCCAAGCAAGCCAGAACCAGUUACAGAUUGGAAUUCUCUUUCAAGAUUGUUUCCACCUAUGUGGGCUCCUGAUCUUGGAAGCAAUGGUGAAUUCUCAGGGCUCUCAUCUAAGCACUGUGGUGAAAGUAAAGAUUUUUCAAACCUGGUGGGCACACAGAACUGCUAUCAGGAACACUUGCAAAAGUCUCAUGAUGUGGAGAUGUUACACAGAGGUUUGGAAGAUCUUCAUCUCAUAGAAUCUUGGCUUUCUCCAUCUGGCCCUUGCACACAGCCUGAUAAUAUUCUGAAGAACAGUUAUCCUGAAAAUUCCUCUUUUCAAAAUAAUAAUACAAUUCACCAAGAAGGGUUUUCAUUUCAAAACAUAGACUAUAAUCAGCAUUUGUGCAGUUAUGACCACAUGAAGUUGAAUGGAGACUAUGAAAAAAUCGGCUCCAACUUUAGCACUUUUUCUUCUCAGAACAGAAUGAAAGACAGCACUAGCAUUCAGAAAGAGUAUUGGAAAACUGAAAGAGCAAGAAGCAAAGCUCUGAAAAAUGAUGCUCAAGAACAAACUAAGUAUUCCCCUGAUCUUUCCAAUCAGCCUGUUGAUGACUCUUGGGAUAAAGUGUCCCAGAACAACCACUUGUUUUUGAAAAGAUACGAAAACUUUACAGCUGCUCAUAAAUUGCAGUCAUCUGUUCAUCCACCGCUAUAUUUUUUCAAUCAGCCCCCUAAAGAAAAUAAUUUUUCUGGAGGAACACACAGAAAACCACAGGAAACCCAUGUGCAAAAUGGUCAUCAUAGCUUUACUUCGGGGGAUGCUUUUAACAAUAAUGAAUGUAAGAUCCAUAUUAGUCCUAAAGAAUGCUCUCAUAAAGUAUCUGAAUAUGAUUUAUCUGUAAAAAAUGUUACACAAAAUGGGAGUUAUUCAUCGUACCAUGGACGGACGUGGCUGGAUGGGAAAAUUGCAAGUCCAACAUCUGCAUCGGAUAUCACGUAUGGAAAGCAAGUGGUAACAAGUCCACAGUCAUCUUCAGGGGGUUCAACCAUGUCUGGUGGUUCUCCCACCCAUCAGUCUAUAACACAGUCCUCUUACUACUCACAGAUCUUACCUGUCCUCCCUUCAAGGAAAGAUGGAAGGUUACAAAUAGCAAAUGGUGUUUCUAAUAAUUUAGGAGUUUCUAAUUUCAUCUCAGAAAAUCAGAAGCAAAUAAAACCCAUUGGACGAUCUCAGCAUGAUUCAUUGACUAAUAAGGAGGGGCAAUACCGUAAAUUCCCCUUUAAUUUUUCAUCUGACUGGUUAACACAGCAGAAUGCUGUAAGUGAAGAACCUGAAAAAUACCACAGAUUUCCAAAAAAGCAGAUGCAUGAAAAUAGUAAUAAAGAUGAAAGAAGAGGCAGAAGGAAUUGGAUUCCUCAUUUUGGGUAUACAACUCCAAACCGUCAGCAAUUCAAUAUGUUCCGAAAAAAACAUGAACAGAAUGGUGGUAGCAUGUCAGAUUUCAUCAAUCCUUCUUUUCUUCCUUCUUUCCCAUUAAUGUCUGAUUUUAAGCAAAAUCCCAGCUUUCCUCCAUUUAAUCAUCAUCUAUUUUCAUCAACGAAUAAUUUCAGUUUUCCUCCAUCACCAUUUCCAUUCUCAGAACUUGUUGAUCUUUUUCAUUACGAUGAUUUUAACUUGAAUCCCUUCAUCAACGAUCUGUUUUGUGGGGAAAUAGCAGCACCGUACUUUGCCUUUCCAACACCAUUUAACAAGUACAGACCUCCAAGAAAUCGUAGUGGACCUGCUAAUGAGCUUCAUAUCCGACUGGAGGAGUGUUAUGAGCAGUGGAGAGCUUUGGAGAAAGAGAGAAAGAAGACUGAGGCUGACCUUGCAAGAAACUUUCCAGGGAAGCGCAUAUCUAGCUCAAAUAACACUCCUGUGUCCCGACUUCCUGCUAACCCAUCACGAGUUGAUCGUUUGAUUGUCGACCAGUUACGAGAACAAGCUAGGGUGCUCACACUAAUAGGAAAAAUGGAAAGGCUUCAUGGUACCCCUGUACAUGGGAACAUAUCCACUACAUUGGAACGCCAUAUGGAAGCCAUUCACGUAACACAGGCCAGGCGUAAGGAUGAGAUUAUUAAUGCUGCUGAUCCACAGCGACAAGGAGUACCACGUUACAAUAACGAGAAAGAUGUUUUGGCUCUGGCAGCUGCCAUUAGAGAGUUGGCUGUUUCCACGCGUAAGGCUCGUACUGCUUUGUGGUGUGCGCUACAGAUGACUUUGCCAAAAACCUCUUCAAGCGGUCCAGUAAAACAAGAAGUUGUUGAAAGGGCAUUGCAAGAGCUUUGUCCUCCAAACACAAGCACACAAGAAAAACGCAGCAUGGAGCAUGAAAACAAAGGAAGCAAAAGAGAAAAACCUGAGGAACCCAUGAGGAUUCUGGAAUAG